AUGGCUCCCAAUAUAAGAGUUGCCAAGGCCUUUCGUGCUAUGAAAGAUCUUGGAAUCCCUGAAGAAAAAACAAAGCCAGUCUUGAAGAGGCUUUUAAAACUUUAUGAUAAGAACUGGGAGCUUAUUGAAGAAGAAAACUAUAGAGCUCUUGCUGAUGCUAUUUUUGAUAGCCAAGAGUCAGAGGCAUUAGAACACAAGAAAAAACUUGAUGUUCAACAGAGAAGAAAACAACUUGAGCAAGCUGAAAGAAUGAAGGCUAUUGAAGAGGAAACACAAACUCAAGAAGAACCAGAAAGACCCUUAAAGCGAUUGCGCUUAAGACAUCAAGAUGGUCAAUCUUCACCCUCUAGCCCUAAUUCAAAUGGAGCUUUACUAAAAAGGCCAAAACUAGAGGUUGAUGAGGUUCCUGAGCCUGUUUCACCUUUAAAACGAAAGGGAAAACAACCUAUUUUACCAAAUGAUUUGGCAAGAAUAGAAGGAUCUGAUGUAAUCCAUUCAGGAGAUGUGGUUGUUGCAGAUGCAACAGGCUCUUACUUAGCUGUUAGGCGCCUCAGAAACAGAGGGAAAGAGCCUCUUUCACCACAUCCUGCUCCUAGAGAAAAGAGGUUAGUUAAGUCAUCUGAUGUGCACUUUAAAGAGCCAAAAGUUGAGACAGGUGUCAAUGUCAUGCCUAAAAAAAAGAAUCAUGCCUUAAUAAUACCAAAAGAUGAGCCCCAUUCAGACAAUCCACCUCACUAUCAGGUCCCUCUUGCAGUGAUCAUGCCAGAAUCAUUGGCUAAUGAAGAUGCUUCAACUGACAACAAUUUGGAAACAGAACCUGAUUCUGAAUCUGUGGAUUUAAGAAACCAUGUUCAUGAAACAUCAAAUGGUAAUGAGCUCAUAGGCAUUCCAAAUGAACCAACUGCUAAAGUAGAUAUUGCUUCAUCGUCUUCUGGGGAGAUCAAGAUUUCUUUGUGUGUUAAUGGAAAGACUAAGUUAUCUGCCACAAGUGUAGAUACCCUUUUGAAAACAGUUGAAGAUAAAUGUCUGAAAUCAUACAAACUUCUAGAUCCAAGCUUUUCAGUCAAGAAACUAAUGAAGGAUAUGUGCGAAUGCUUUCUGGAACUUGGAUCCAAUUCCACCAAUGAGCCACCAGUAGCCAUAGAUGUUGGUCCAAUGAAAUCUGUGAUAGAUAACAAUGGAAAUGAUCAUGAAAAACAAGUAGAGCAGAAUGGCAUUAUUGAGAAUAAUACAAUGUCUUCUUCUGAUGAUGUUGUUAAUGACAUAGCUAAAGGACAAGAAAGUGAGGCAAUCUCAUUGGUCAAUGAAGUCAACACCGAGUGUCUUCCAUCUUUCCAUUACAUUCCAAAGAAUGCAGUUUUCCAGAAUGCUCAUGUUGACUUCUCACUGGCUCGUAUUGCUGAUGACAAUUGUUGUCCCACUUGUUUUGAUGAUUGUCUGACAUCAUCAACACCUUGUCCAUGUGCUUUACAAAGUGGUGGUGAAUUUGCUUAUACAAGUGAAGGGCUUGUGAAAGAGUGGCUUCUAGAUGAUUGUAUACAAAUGAAUCGUGAUCCUCAAAAACGUGUUGUACUUUAUUGCAAAGAAUGCCCAUUAGAAAGGUCGAAAAAUGAGGAGAUUUUGGAACAAUGUAAAGGUCAUUUGGAAAGGGGUUUUAUCAAAGAAUGUUGGUUGAAAUGUGGCUGCAAUAAAAAGUGUGGGAAUCGAGUUGUACAAUGUGGAAUUAAACAUAAGUUGCAGGUAUUCAUGACACAUGGAGGAAAAGGGUGGGGUGUUCGUACCCUUGAGGAUCUGCCAAAAGGUGCAUUUUAUUGCUUGAUGCUGAUUGGGGCGGAGAGAGUGAAUUUAAGGAUGAAGAAGCUCUGUGUUUGGAUGCCACUUAUUAUGGAAAAUGUGGCUAGAUUUAUUAAUCAUAGGUGUUUUGAUUCGAAUUUGGUUGAGAUCCCUGUGGAAGUGGAAAAUCCUGAUCGUCACUACUAUCAUCUUGCUUUCUUCACUACAAGAAAGGUGAAAGCUCUAGAAGAGUUGACUCGGGAUUAUGGUAUUGAUUUUGAUGAUGAUGAUCAUCCUGUGAAGCCAUUUCAGUGCCAAUGUGGUAGCAGAUACUGCCGUGACAUAAAACCCUCCACUACUAGAUCUGGGAAAAGAAGGUUAUCUUGAAAUUAAGGACUGCUGUAAACUGUAACUACUAAUCUAGUAACCCCACCAUAAGUUACAAGACGCCUAGCCUUUUGUAUGCAUGUAUUGCUGCUCAUGAUGACUGCUUUUAAUACUAUGAUGUUGAUAUGAUGAUGAUGAUGAUGAUGUCUCCCUUCCUUUUGAACCAGUUUUUAUAAUAAAAUCAAACCCUUGGUGGCAUUUAAGUAUGAACAUCAUUCCUUUACUAUGUGUUUGCACAU